AUGGUGACAAUAACACUUGGACUUGGUAUCAUCGCUUUGAUUAUCACAGCUUUACAGCUUUGGCUUGGAAGCGAUCCCAGUGUCAUAUUUCAAAUUGCUCAGGUGUUUUCAUUUGUAUUUAUUGAAGUAUCUAUGUUCUGCCUAGGGUCUUCACUCAUUGGGACAGUGAGCUCAGACCUCGACUUCGCCAUUUACAGCAGUGAAUGGUAUGUGGCGGAUGUGAAGUUCAGGAAGGCCGCACAGAUGUUGAUGGUUAGAAGCAGGAGGAAUGCUAACCUCACGGCUUUGAGGAUGUAUCCAGUAAACUUGGAAACCUUGGAAGCAAUUUUACAGUUCACUUACUCUGCCACAGCUUUGGCAAUUGGUAAUAUUUAA